AUUGCCUCAAAUCAUGUAACUGUUGUUGAUGUAGCACAGAAUGCAGGAUGAAACGUUAGCCUGCAUAUAUUUAUGUGUGUCAUUUAACUGUUACUGACCUUGAAUGUGCAUCUGUAGAUCAUCUUUCUUUACAGAUAAUUCUCGAGUCUGCAGAGCUAAAAAUAGACAGAAAAAAAAUAGAUUGGGCUACAUGGAGAUGGGAGGGGACGCAGGAAAGGUUUUAAAAGCCUUUUAGGAGAUGGAGUCACUGAGCAGGCUACAGCCCACACUAGUGUACACAAGAGAUAUCCUCCACACCCAAACAACACUGAGGAGGCUGUGAUGAUGUCACCCUGGGGGCUCCUCGUGUCUGGGAUGUUUAUUCUGAGCAGGGCACAGGACUCUGGCUGUCCAAGAGACUGUCCAAAGACACCUCCUUCACCUGCACCCCCGCUCCCAGAUUGUCCAGGGCCAGACUGUCCACCAAAGCCACCCCCAGAUUGUCCAGGGCCAGACUGUCCACCAAAGUGUCCAGGAGACUGUCCACCAAAGUGUCCACCGAAAUGUCCUCCACAGACCCCAGAGUGUCCAUCCUGUCCAUCAACCCCAGGUUGUCCAUUCUGUCCAUCAGAGCCCACAUGCCCCGAUGACAAAGACUAGCCUAUGAGUCCGGGUGGCCGCUGUGACCAGGUCCAGUGUCCCAUCAACGUCUACUUUGUCUUGGACACCUCGGAAUCAGUCUCCUUGUUUGGACACCCUCCUGGUACUGUAGUGGACUUGAUUAAGCGUUUCACUUGGGAGUUUGCACAGAGACUCGCAGACGGCCUUACCGAGACGCUGUCCAUCUCACAUGGACGAUGGGUGGUCUCCAUUUCUCCGACACCAAUCAGGUCUUCAGCAAGAUCACCAGCCGUGCUAACUUCCUUCAGGCCAUACCCCCAAUCACCUACAUUGGGAAGAGCACACACGUGGACUGCGCCCUGGACAACAUGACCAGAGAGAUCCAGAAUCAUCAGCACCAUCCAGGGAAGCCGAUGCACUUGGAGGUGGUCGUCACGGAUGGCAUGGAGAACGGCUAUCUCUGCGGAGGGAUGAAGAAUGCAGCGGAGCGUGCCAAGGAUCUGGGCUACCAGCUGUUUGCCGUCGGCGUCUCCACAGUCGGCAAGAAUAAGGAGGGCCUGCGGCAGAUCGCCAGCUCCCCUGUGGCGAUGUUCAAUGGAAACCUUGUGGCUGUGAAUCUGACUUCAGGGACAAUUAGCAGUGCAACUAUUGAUCGGAUUGUUGAGGCAAUGAAAUACUGUGCCUUCCUUGAGUGUGUCAAACAUAAGUGUGUUGAAAUUGAUGGCGCUCCUGGUCGUAAAGGUGCUAAAGGAAAAAAGGGAGAGAGGGGCCCGGAUGGCCCAGAUGGAGACAAAGGCCGUAGAGGUGGCGAGGAUAAUCAAGGAAUCGAUGGGCCAAUGGGCUGUCCUGGUUCGAAGGGUAUAUGUGGGCCGAAAGGACCAAUGGGAGAUGUUGGAGGCCAGGGAUCAAAGGGUGGGAUGGGAGACACUGGCUGGAAAGGAACAGAUGGUCAGAAGGGCCCUUCUGGGAACCCUGGACCAGCAGGUGUUUGUUUGUCACAAGGAACCAAAGGAGACAGGGGGGUUAAUGGACAUCCAGGCAGACCAGGCCCUCAUGGGCCACAAGGAGAUGUUGGACCAAAAGGAGAUAUGGGGGUACCAGGGAAAGUGCGCUGUCCAGGGAUGAACGGGACAGAAGUGGGUGACUUAAAUAUUAAAUUUGUAUAUUUUCUCUGUUGUUUUGCAUGUUUCAAAUGUUCUGUAACCUACAGCCAUUUUUUUCAGGGAGACCCAGGAGUAAAGGGACAGGGCACGCGGGUAGAUGUUGGAAUCAAAGGCACCAAAGGACAUGUUGGAUGGAAAGGAGAGAAGGGGGAUCACGGAUCGGAGGGGUUUUGUGGAUUUCCUGGAACACCAGGCACUGCAGGAUGCAAAGGGCAUUGUGGUCCUCCAGGUGUAAGAGGACCGCCAGGGGAAAGAGGGUUUCCUGGUGACAAGGGUUCUACUGGAGACCCUGGAGACAACGGUGCCCAAAGGGGACGUUGGAGCCCCAGGACCAAAGGGUGACCCGGGGAGAAACGGACUAAACAUCCCAGGAAGAAAAGGUGAAAGGGGCUGCCAAGGAGGCAAAGGAGAGAUGGGUCCAAAAGGUUCUAGAGGUGUCUGUGGGAUGAGAGGGAAUCUUGGAACCAAAGGACCGAAGGGAGAUCCGGGUGAACCAGGACUACCGGGGGAACCUUGCGACAGAGGAUUUUCUGGAGAACGUGGUUUCCCUGGGGACCGUGGUCCAGAAGGUCCUGGGUCCAAUGAUUGUGACAUCAUGAGCUACAUUAGAGAGACUUGUUUGGUUGUUGUGACUGCAAGAAGGUGCUCUGGACAUUGUGUUUGUGAUUGACAGCUCAGAGAGUGUGGGGCUCACAAACUUCACCCUGGAGAAACACUUUGUCAUCAACACCAUCAGCAGGCUGGGCUCACUGGCACCGGACCCCAACUCAGGC